CUGUCACUUUGUGCACAUGGAGAGUGUCCACACAGGAGAAGCUACCUCCAGCAGAAGAGCAUCAUGCAAAGCCGCGCAGCUCCGGGAAAAUGUCCAAGCUGGAGAGAGAUUUGCUGGCUUUGGUGACCGACAUCCAAGUUGCAGCUGAUGCCAAAGAAUCCAUGCAACAGGAAGAGUUGGAGGAAGCUCGCAGGAAACGCACAGAGAUGCUGGAAAAGGAUUUCAAGUCCAGCCAGGAGAAGUUUGAGGAGAUAACCAGCAGGUGGUCGUUGGCGGAGCAGACCGUCAUACCUCAUGAGCUGCAGGAAACGCUCAAGUGGCAGCAGCUUCUGUGUGCAGAACUCAUUGAGGACAAAAGGAAAGUCAUCAAAGACCUCCAGCAGGAGUUGAAGAGUGGAGACGAUCUCUACGUGAAGGACUUGAGGAGGCAGGCGGAGGAGAUUGAACAGAUGACGCAAUGCUCUGAAGAGAUCAUCACGACUCUGACUCAGGCCUACAGGGAGGAGCUGGAUGAGAUUGAGAGCGUGUACCGGCGGGAACAUGAAGUCUUGCUCACAAAAGACCAGAGCGAAUGGGAGCAGUGCCUCCAGGAGCUGUGGGACCAGCAGCAAAAGAGGCUAGCAGAGAGGAAGAGGACAGUGGAGGAGUACGAAGCCAAAAUUUACAACCUGUCGAUGGAUCCCGAAUACAAAUAUGAUGCGCUGAGGGCCGAACACUUUGCUAAGUGUCAGGCUCUGGAGAGUGAACAUGACCAAAUGCUGGCCGACAGCCUGCUUAGCAGUAUUAACUACAUCAAAGAUAAGGAUGACCGAGAGAUGUACAAUUUAAGCCGCAUGAAGAGCAGAAUCCUCAAGCUGCAGACAGAGCUGAAAAACCUGAGGCGCACCUAUGCGAGCAGCAAGAAACAAUCAGAAAAGCAGAGCGCCCGUUUGACCGAUGACUACAAACGCAGCAUCGAGAAAUACAAGUGCAUGCAGCAGAGAAUCAAACACUUUGCUGUCACUGAUUCCAAACAAUUUAAGGACACAUGGAAGAUGCUUGACAAGGAAGUGAGGCAACUAGCGGAGAAGGCUUUAGUCAUCGACUCCAUGAUUUACAAGCAGCUCCUUGGUCUGGCCUGGCCGAGACCGCGAGCGGCCUCCUCCUUGGGUCUGUCCGGUCCAGACCAAAUGUGGAAACAAGCCAGUGUGGAACAGACCGGGCUGCUGCUUGAAAGCUCUGCUGGGACGGACGCAGCUGCUACGUCACUGGAGGAGGAGGACAUGGUGCCCUUGGAGACCAUGAAGGAACUCAUGGAGUUGCUGUGUGAUGAAUUGGGCUUCCUGACGAAGGACAGACUCCAGUUCUUGGCAACAUUGGGCAAGAAGGAACAGAAAUUUGUGAAGCUAGAAAUUCUUCUCGAGAUUUUUGGCAUGGAAGAGGAGGAUUUACCCAGGUUGGCUAACUUCAUUCUCAAGUACCAGCAGAGGGAGCAAAUUGAGGGUUGUUCUGCUGACUCAGAAGGAGGCGCCAGUGGCUCGGCGUGUAAUCCAAACCACAUCUUGUCUGCUUUUAAGGAGUUCUUGAAGCAUCAGGGCCGAUUCAGAAAGAGCCAUGCCACUGGGCAUCCCCGCUACUGGAGCGCAGACAUGUGGGACUCCUCAGCGGACGAAGCCUACUGGGAGAGUUUAGCCAACGUCAUCACAGAGGAUAAACUCAAAGUGUGGGAGGCGGCGGAGAUCACUCUGAAAAAGCGCAUGGCUGUUCUCACCAAGAUCUCCGACCUUAUCCCUGAAAUCAAGAGCCUGGAACAGCAGAACGCAGAACUUCGCAUGCUCCUGCAAGAGUCUGUCAACUCAAAUCCUGACAUGCUAUGUACCAGGAACCAGAAUUGCUGUCAAAAUAAACAACAGUAAAAUAUGUAUAUUUUUUAUGUUUUUACGUUUCAGGGCACAGCACAAAAUAACUAGGAUUGGAUUUUAGUCACGUUGUGAUUAACCUAUUGUGAAAACUCAAACUACACUGGACGUAAAAAUGUAAACAAAUGUAUUACAUAUGUAAUAAAGUCAAAAA